AAGGGGGAGGAGGGAGGGAGGAAAAGAGGAGGAGGCGGAGGAGAACUGAGCGGAGCAUCGAGCCAGAGGGGAGAUGAGUUUGUCUGUCCUCGGCUAAGGCUCCGGCCCGGCCUGAGGAACUGGGAGCUCGGGUUGGAGCGACACCCGUGGAAGUGGGAGGUGGCGGCUCUGGGACUUUAACCCCUUGUGGGCUCUGCGGCAGGGGAUUUAACCCUUUGUGGAUUCGGCCCCUCCGAGGCAGCGUCAUCGGGUAGUUUUAACCCUUUCGGGUUGGGUUUAACCCAUUGGACUUAAACCUCAUCUCUUUGCGCACCAACUCCUCGUCUGUGGGAGCACUCGGCGGGGAGGCGUGAAGCCCACCCCUCUGCAUAUUUACGUCGGUGCCUGCCGCUGAACCCCCUGGACCUGCUAGUUGGCCACGCUUGUGCGCUUAACCCUUUAUUGACUGGACUCCAAGUUGCGAUUGGAGUUUGCUGACAGGACGGACGGAAGGCGUCACUGCCGAAAUUACUGACCGAAGAGGACUUUGUUGGACAUAUUUUGAAAAGAAAGAAAAACCUUUUUCCUUAAGCCAGAAUUUCUCAAACUUCCAGAGGAGGACUCUACUAAGCCAUGGCCGAGCCACUCUUGACAGAACAUCAACACCAGCCUCAAACUAGCAACUGUACAGGUGCUGCUGUCGUCCACGAAGAGCAGACCUCUGAGCGCCCCCCAAGCGCGGAGGAACGGGUACCCAAGGAGGACAGUAGGUGGCAAUCGAGAGCGUCCUUGCAGUCCGGUAGCCGUCCAGGGCAGGAGGGAGAAGGGGGCCUGAAGCACCAGCUGCCCCCAUUGCAGACGAAUGCCUGUCCAGAAUUGAGCUCCCUGGAAAAGGGCGAGAAGGGCCAGAAUGGGGAGGACUUAUCCACUGGCGGUGCCUCCCCGUCGGCGGAGGGAGAGCCGAUGUCAGAGUCCCUCGUGCAGCCAGAUCAUGACUCGGAGGCCCCCAAGCUGGAGGCUCCUGCCGCUGGAGGCGAGGAGCCAUGGGGACAGCAACAGAGACAGCUGGGCAAGAAAAAACAUCGGAGACGCCCCUCCAAGAAGAAGCGGCAUUGGAAGCCCUACUACAAGCUGACUUGGGAGGAGAAGAAAAAGUUCGACGAGAAGCAGAGCCUGCGAGCUUCGCGGGUUCGAGCCGAGAUGUUCGCCAAGGGCCAGCCAGUUGCGCCCUAUAACACCACUCAGUUCCUCAUGGAUGACCACGAUCAGGAGGAGCCUGAUCUCAAAACCGGUCUUUACCCCAAGCGGGCAGCCACCAAAUCCGACGACACCAGCGAUGAGGAUUUUGUGGAAGAAGCUGGUGAGGAAGACGGAGGCAGCGAUGGCAUGGGAGGGGACGGCAGCGAGUUUCUGCAGCGGGACUUCUCGGAGACGUACGAGCGGUACCACGCCGAGAGCCUGCAGAACAUGAGCAAGCAGGAGCUCAUCAAAGAGUACCUAGAGCUGGAGAAGUGCCUCUCCCGCAAGGAGGACGAAAAUAACCGGCUGCGGCUGGAAAGCAAGCGGCUGGGAGGCGUCGACGCGCGAGUGCGGGAGCUGGAGCUAGAGCUGGACCGGCUGCGCGCCGAGAACCUCCAGCUGCUGACCGAGAACGAACUGCACCGGCAGCAGGAGCGAGCGCCUCUUUCCAAGUUCGGCGACUAGACUGAAAACUUUUGGGGGGAGGGGGCAAAGGGGACUUUUUACAGUGCUGGAAUGUAACAUUAUAUACAUGUGUAUAUAAGACAGCGGACCUUUUUAUGACACAUAAUCAGAAGAGAAAAUCGCCCCGGCUUUGGUUUGGUAAAUUUAGCUAUGAAGUUGCUUGUGUGCUUUCUCCUGUUCUUUAAUUAUGUGAAACUGAAGGGUUGCUCUUCUUGUUUUCCCCCUUAGAUGUUGUUUCUUAAUGUGCAAGUAAUUUGACCAAGUUAUAAUGCAUUUUUCUGUUUUAAAAAAAAAAAUCCCCUCCUUAAGCGGAGCUAUAAGGUGGCCAAAUCUGAGACCCAUUACAUUCAUUCUAGUUAUAAUAAAUUUAAUGUUUGUAAAUGUAA